AUGGCUAACACAGGCGAUGGAGGCACCCAGGAAACAACUAUCAGACAAGACAGUGAUGAAGAUUCUGAUGACACUUGUCUCGAUGACACAAUCAUUAGUAUACCUUUCACAAUUUUGGAAAGUGGACCUACGCAAAUAGCAGGUGAGACUGGAGAACAAUUGGGAGACUUGGAAAGACGUGCAGAUGAUACAAGCGGUAGAAGCGAUGUACGUAACGAUCCCGAUGAGGAACAACCCAAUGUAUUGCUGUCUCCUGGAACAAGACUGCGAUCAAACAGGAACAGGAAUCGUCGCGCCAGAAGAGGAGAACAUAUUGCGCGCACUAUAAUGCAGAGUGCUAGUCGAGAGGCCCAACUUACCCGGAGAACACAGGAACGGUUCAUGGAAAUUGUACACGACAGCAUGAAAGACUGUAGGAGGACAGAAAUGGAACUUGUAAAUAUUAUGAAGGAAGAUGUAAGGAGAAGUGCACAGGACAGACAGAGAAUGUUGCAGUACAUGGAGACCAUGACUGAACUGUACCGGAGGAAAGUAGAUCAUGAAUGUUCACUUCCAACGGGGCAACAUGAUACUAUCGCCCAAGGAACUAUGCACACAUCAUUCAGGGCAUCUCCGGGUGAUAUUCCUCCCUCAACACCAGGCCCAGCUAUCUGUACAGAUUUCCAGGAGCAACCAUCCACAUCGUAUGUUGGUGGGCAACGUCAAGGGAACAAUUCCCCUGAACUCUUUGAUGAACUUCCUCCUGCUUAUGCUCCUGAUGGUUGUCCUGUCACUCCUACUAGUAACAUUAUAGAUGAUGACAACACAGUAGAGAACAUCAACAGGGAUGUUCAGAAUGUUGUGGAAGUCACUGAUCUCCUUCAGAAUGAAGGCUGUAUUGGAACCGUGCAAUGUGUGAGCAAUGCUGGAACAUCUUCCUUGCAAUGCGCAGUUGCACCUCAACAAAAACAAAAUAAACCAUGCAGUUCUCGUACUGGGAGGAUAAUCAAGAAAAAAAAUUUUUUUCCCCAUAAGGGAAAACAUUUAUAGGGAAAAGGUUCUGUUUUGAAACCUCAGAUAUGUUUCAGCAUUCAAUGUUUACCCUGUUAUGUGCCCGAUAAAGAGGGACUUUAACCAUUUCUCCUUGAACCAAAUUAAAAUUUAGUUUUCCUGUUAAGGAAAACAUUUGUAUGUCACCAUGUGCAUAUGGAUAUGUUCUCACAUAAUGUAUAUACAGUUUAUAUAAAUGCCUGCUUUCUUUACAUAAUGGAAAACAAGUCACCAGACGGUUUUUUUUGUAAAGAAAAAAGAUAUUUAAUCGUGUUUAAAAAUGUUAAGUUAUAUUGUUGACAAAAUACAGCUGUGUUCUCUGAAAUUGGUCUGCCCUCCUUAAUAUACCUAAACAUUUCCACAGCAAUAGCAAUAUUAUAC